AUGCCACCAGCGCUCUCGUACGAGCUACUCGCGAAAUGCUCGGUCACAAAAGCACGAGCCGCAAUCCUCCACCUCCCCCACGGGCCUGUUCCCCUCCCGAUCUUCAUGCCCGUGGCCACCCAAGCCUCCCUCAAAGGCCUCACACCCGAGCAACUAGAAGAGACAGGAUGCCGGCUAUGUCUGAACAACACGUACCACCUCGGGUUGAAACCAGGACAAGCAACACUCGACGCAAUCGGCGGCGCGCACAAAUUCCAGUCAUGGCCACAUAAUAUCCUCACAGUCAGCUUCCAAAUGGUCUCGCUUUUGAAGCUUGCGAAGGUUACGGAGGAAGGGGUCAAGUUCUUGAGUCCGCACGAUGGUACACCAAUGCUUCUGACCCCCGAACACUCCAUCUCCCUCCAGAACUCCAUCGGCUCGGAUAUCAUCAUGCAACUGGAUGAUGUGAUUGCGACUACAUCUCCUGAUCUCGCGCGGAUGGAAGAAGCGAUGGACCGGUCGGUGCGGUGGCUGGAUCGCUGUAUCAAGGCACACAAAUACCCGGAGAGGCAGAAUCUGUUCUGCAUUAUUCAAGGAGGCCUAGAUCUAGACUUGAGAAAGCGAUGUACAAAGGAGAUGGUCGAGCGAGAUACGCCCGGGAUUGCUAUCGGUGGCCUUUCUGGUGGCGAGGAAAAGGCGGCCUACUGCAAAGUAGUCGACACAUGUACCAGUCUGCUACCGGAGAAGAAGCCUAGAUAUGUCAUGGGUGUUGGCUACCCUGAAGACCUAGUUGUCUCCAUAGCCCUCGGCGCAGACAUGUUUGAUUGUGUCUGGCCCACAAGAACAGCACGCUUUGGUAACGCGAUCACUUCCACUGGUGUCCUGAAUCUGCGCAACGCCUCUUUUCAAAACGACUUCAACCCUGUGGAGGAGGGCUGCACAUGCGUGUGUUGCAGACCGAAGGAAAAGGGAGGCCUGGGCAUUACAAGAGCAUACAUAUACCACGUCGCCGCGAAGGAAACCGCGGGCGCACAUCUGCUUACGAUCCACAACGUCCAAUAUCAGCUGAACCUCAUGAAGCGAGCUCGGCACGCGAUCCUGGAGGACAAGUACCCGGCGUUUGUAAAAGACUUCUUUGGAAAGGUCUACUCGGACAAGACCAAUUUCCCGGUAUGGGCGGUUGAGGCGUUGAAGGGGGUGGGGGUGGACUUGCUUGCGGAUUGA